AGCCGGGCCGGGGCCAUGGCGGCGCCGGGCUUCGUGCGGACGCUGGAGAAGCGGGACGGCUCGGCGCUGCGGCUGGAGCAGCGCGGCGCCGGCGGGGUGGGCUGCGUGGUGUGGGACGCCGCCCUGGUCCUGGCCAAGUUCCUGGAGAGCGGGGCCCGGGGCCUGCGCCGCCGCGCCGUGCUGGAGCUGGGCGCGGGCACCGGCGCCGUGGGCAUCAUGGCGGCCACGCUGGGGGCAGAUGUUACGGUUACUGAUCUUGAGGAACUUCAGGAUUUGCUGAAUAUUAAUAUUGAAAAGAACAAACAUCUUGUCACAGGCUCAGUUCAAGCCAAGGUACUGAAAUGGGGUGAAGAUGUAAAAGAAUUUCUGCCUGCACCAGAUUAUAUACUUAUGGCAGACUGCAUUUACUAUGAGGAGUCAUUAGAGCCAUUACUGAAGACCCUGAAAGACCUUUCAGGUCCUGAUACCUGUAUCAUAUGUUGUUACGAACAAAGGACUAUGGGUAAGAACCCGGAAAUAGAGAGAAAAUACUUGGAGCUGCUCCAGAUGGACUUUGAGUUGGAAAAGGUUCCAUUGGAGAAACAUGAUGAGGAGUAUCGGAGUGAGGACAUUCACAUCUUGAACAUCCGAAGGAAAAAAAUGGCAGGAAUUUCCCCUCGUGAGAUCUUUGACCAUGUUAUCUGAUCCUCUGGAGAGAAGAGAGAGUGUAAAUUAACUCAAAGAGGCUGUCUCCAAAGCUGUUCAUGGCUCAUCUACAGAAUGCCUUCUAGACAGCGGAUUCGGGAUGAGAUAUAAGGAGACAGUGGGUCAGUCACUAUAGAACCACAGGCAGUAUCCGUCUUAGAGGACAAACGUGAUCUGUUAAUAUUGAGAAAGCAGCCUCACCAAGAGAGAGCUAAAAAUGGGACUGAAAUGUAACCUAGACUGAUGUCCUAUUCAUGGGCCAGCUGUAUAGAUGGGAGGGCUACACUGGUGAAUCGGAGACACAUACAGUGUGCUGAGUUCAAACAAAUCAGAUCCAAGCGUUCCAUAACAAAGCCUGUCUGAACAGGAGGGCGUGCAGGAAUCUGAAGGU